GUGGGCGGCGCUGUGAAGCUGCGGCAACGGCCGCUUUCCUCGCUCCCCCUCGCCCUGUCCUGUCGCUUACUGCUUAUUGCCGCGUGCUGACUUGCACGCGCGGCCAUGGCUCUGCGGAGUGGCGCGCACCUCGCUCGGCUACAGGAGGCCCUGAUGCGCAGCAGGACGGUAGUACGCGUAGUCACGCGGCUGAAGCACUCGGAUGGGGCGAGCCGCCUCACGGUCCGGCAACAGCGCGGAGGAAUACGGACUAUAACCCUAAAUAACCCCCGGAAGAGGAAUGCCUUGUCCUUGGCCAUGUUGUCAUCACUACAGGAAGAUCUCCUGGCUGACAUUGACAGUGAGGAGCUCAGGGUAAUCGUUAUAUCAGCGGAGGGUCCGGUGUUCUCGUCGGGUCAUGACCUGAAGGAGCUGAUAUCUGCCCAGGGCCAGGACUAUCAUCACCGGGUGUUUUCUGCCUGCGCUGAGGUGAUGACCUUGAUACAAGAUCUUCCUGUGCCUGUGAUAGCAAAGGUAAAUGGCGUAGCCACAGCAGCAGGAUGUCAGCUUGUGGCCAGCUGUGACAUCGUUGUGGCGACAGAAACAUCUACUUUUGCCACUCCAGGGGUCAGUGUGGGGCUUUUCUGUUCCACCCCUGCGGUGCCAAUUGGCAGGGCGCUGCCUAGGAAGGUUGCCAUGGAGAUGCUGAUGACAGGAGCUCCCAUCUCAGCCCAUGAUGCUAUGCUCCAUGGACUAGUGAGCAAAGUGGUUCCAGUGGAAAGGCUGGAAGCAGAGACACUGCUUAUAGCUCAACGUGUGUGUGAGGCCAGUCGUCCUGUGAUAGCCCUGGGCAAGGCCACCUUCUACAAGCAAAUGGCCCAGGGCCGUGAUGCUGCCUACUCCCUUGCAUCUGCAGCCAUGGUGGACAACCUGGCACUGAAAGACGGCCAGGAGGGCAUCAAGGCCUUCCUGGAGAAACGGAAGCCUGUGUGGACAAAUAGCACAGAAAAAGCUAAUGAAUGAUAACUCCUGAGAGCCUCUAUUUGUGUGCUGCAGUCUGAUCUAAAGCCACAUAUGAAACGGAGGGGGAAGAAAAUCACAGUGGAACUGCACUUUCCUGCAGUUUGCCAACUGAUCUGAAAUCAAAUGUAUGAUGUGACACUUGUGACGGAUGAUACUCUAACCCAGUACAAAUGUGCCUAUGUCUAUGGACGGGGGUGCCCAUGUCUGUGGGGGUUCGAUCAGGGGAAUCCAUUGUAGGUUGGUGGGCAAUUAAAUGAAACAUGCAGAUACAGACACGUGAUUCUCAAAGAGAACGGUGAAGUCUGUCCAGCAACACCGGAGUUUUUAUAGGUGCUCAUUACACAAGUUGUUGCAUAUAGAGCUGAUAGGAAAUACAAGGGUAAAUGUGACAGAACAUGUAGUAAAGGUCAAAGAGAUGCGUGGAUCUAAAAGAUUUCGUUUUGAGACCUGUUCUAAACAUUGAAAGGGAUUCAGCAGUUCCGAGGGACAGAGGGAGCUCAUGGCACUGUACUGCAGUGAAAACCGACAAUCCUGGGACUUUUGAUUUUGGAUUUUGCCGGAUUGUAGGAGGUUUGCAUACAUUCCAUUUUGAGAACCAUUCCAUUUUGAGGUUCGAGCAUGAUCACACACUAUGGGGGGGGCAUUGUCUCCCUCUGUCACACUUGGCAGGUGACGUUAGUUUGCGCUAAAUGGGUGUAAUAAGGCUGCUGGUUGUUUUUGAACCAUUACAAGUAAGAGGAAUUUGGGUGAACGUCUAACAGGUCGGUGUUAUUUUUAACUAUGAAAAGUGCAGAAUAAGAUGUGCAGGACUGUGGGUUUCAGUCUUGUCACACAACUGAAAAUAUUUAUGGAACUGAAUGUUUAUGCAAGAAAGGGGACAUUGCACACAUAUAAGCCAAAGGCAGCUUACCAGGAUCACAGGCAUUUACAUAUAUUCCUUGAGUAAAUUCUUUUUUCCAAAGUCACAUGCAGUCACGUGACUGUAAGUGUUCACUCAUUGUAAUUUUGUCAAACCUUUCGCCAAAGCGACUUAUUUACCCAUUUAUACAGC